AUGCUCAAGAAAGCACCACAUCUUUUUUUCUACAUUGCUGAUGAAACUGGAAAUCAGACCACUAUGGGUUCAUAUGAACCUUCAUCAAGAGGCCCUGUUCUUUUGGCUUCUGGGUCGCAUGAGGAGAUUGGUGAUUGGGAAUUGCACUUGAGAUCUGAGGACAAUUUGGAAAUUCACAGAGCUGGAUUCAAAUCAAUGAGUAUGCAUAAUCUGAGUGACCUAGUACAACAAGCUGUUGCGACUAAUGCAAUACAAACUGGAAACCUUAACCUACCAGAUAUUACUGAAGAUUCUUCAAAUAUAAUGGUCUAUCAGAUUGAUUCCAGACAAUUAUCUGUUGGUAGAGCUGCCUUGUCAAGUCUUCUUGGCGGCGUUGGCUACUUCUAUGGGCAAUCCAAAGUUGCAAUUCCGAAAGGUUUUACAGCGAUGGGAUGUGCAUAUAUAUCUAUGGAUAUCAUUGGGCAUUGGUUAGAUCUGCUUAAUUCAGAUGGAUGGAUUCCCAGGGAGCAAAUCUUAGGAGCUGAAGCUUUAAGUAAAGUUCCUGAGGAGUUUGUUCUGCAGUACCCUUCAAAUGGAAACCCUCCAACUUUAUUUCUUGCGAUACGUGAUUUGGCAAGUGGUAUACAUGCACAGCAGUUUUCAGAUGAGGAAGCUGAAAAGGAUUACUAUAAGAUGUCAAAUCAACUUUCUGAUUUUGGAACACUUAACAAGUUGCACUUGGAUGACAAAAUUGGUGCUUAUUUUGAUUAUGGUAACCAUACUGAAAAGGCUCGAUUGAGAUGGUUUGAUGUGAAAGACAAGGAUACUAUGAGGCGAGAGUUCUUGCGAGAAACAUUACAACCCCCUCAGCUGCAGUUAGUACCCCAUGUUGGCUAUGUCAGCCUCUUCCCAUUCAUGAUGGGGACUAUUCCACCUGAGUCAUGGGUUCUUGAGAAGCAGCUCAAUCUGAUAUCUAAUACCUCUAUAUUAUGGACAGAUUAUGGCCUUCGAUCGCUUUCUAGAACAAGUUCAAUAUAUAUGAAGCGUAAUACAGAGCAUGACCCCCCUUAUUGGAGAGGUGCCAUUUGGAUAAACAUGAACUACAUGGUUCUUUCCACUUUUACAUCACUAUGCACAUGGAAUAUCGUGCAGAAUUACGAUGAAACAGGGUUCUUCUGGGAAAACUAUGACCAGAAGAACAAAGGAAAAGGGAAAGGUGCACGGUCAUUUACUGGAUGGACUUCACUUAUUGUUCUGAUCAUGGCGGAGUCCUACCCAACAUUGCAUAGGUGA